UUGUACACUUCAACUCAAAAACCAGCCUGGGGUGAAGUGUUAAAUGCGGUGAAUGCUGUUGGUAGAGUCACCCGCAAUGUUACUGAAAUUCGGCGGAAGUUUUCUGCUGAUCUUCGUGUGAGCGUUAAGAAAAAAGCAGCACAAGAUAAGAAAUAUGCUGGUGGAACAGGUGGCGGCCCCCAAAUUGAAAUUACAUACACUGCAAUUGAAGAAGCAAUUCUUCAACUAUUAGAUCCAGCCUCUAUACAUGGGAUUCCAGGGGAUGUUGAAAGUGAAGAACCUAUUAAUGAAGAAGAAAGAGAACCAACCCCCAGACCCUCAGGAGCUAGGUUUACAGCUACCGGUAGUUGUUUCCGAGAGGAAUUUAUGUUUCGGCCCGUUCAAGAGAAAGAUGAUUCUAUAACCCGCAUUCUGAAUGAGGAUAUACAGGAACAUGAUAUCACAGUACCCAUUGUGCAUUUAGAACCUGAAAUUUCAGCACCUACAAACAUUCCUGAAUUUUCAUCAUCCGGAACAUAUGAGGUAGAAACAUGUAGUUCAAGCAAUACUCGUCAACCUAUUGCUGCUACCAAGGAACAGCGAAGUAGGUCUAGUACCCCUUCUGCCACAGCUGUUAGGUCAACUGUAACUGGUGAUUACACUGAUGAAAUGGAUUCAUCUCCAAUGCCAAGUACGAGCA